AUGGCUGCUAUGGAGGAAUCAAGGAAGAGGAAGGCAUUCACCAUCGUAGAGAAGCUUCAUAUUGUGGACAGGAUCAGGAACGGGGAAACACAGGCGAAGAUCAGCAAGGAGACGGGAGUAGCGGGUUCUACAUUACGUGGAUGGCUUAAGGACGAGGGUAAAUUACGGGCCGCUAGCAGCACGAUGGACGAUGGUGGUCAGAUAAGGAAAAGAGCCAGACAUGCCAAGGACCAUAACCUUGAGACAGCCGUUCUUACAUGGUUUAAUCAAGCGAGGUCCGAAGGCAUGCCUGUCUCUGGUCCUGUUAUCCGGGCCCAGGCAAAGAAGAUGAACCAGGAGUUGAAUGGCGAUGAUAGCCAGUUUGAGGCAUCUAAUGGAUGGCUCUCACGGUUUAAGCACCGUCAUUCAAUCUCCCAGGUUACGAUAAGAGGAGAACAACGGUCCGCAGAUGAGAGUGCAGCAGCAGCUUACCCGGAGGAGCUAAGGAAAUUGGUGAUGGACCAACAACUAUGUGCUGACCAGAUAUACAACUGUGACGAGACCGCGUUGUAUUUCAAGAUGCUCCCCGAUAAAACAUUGGCUUGCAAGACUGACACCCAGAAAACACUAGGGUUCAAGCAGGCUAAAGAUCGUGUUACUGUCUUGUUAUGCUGUAAUAAGGCAGGAACGCAUAAGCUUGCUCCCCUAGUGAUAGGGAAGUUUGGGAAACCAAGAUGCUUCCACCACAUUAAUAUGAGUAGCCUUCCAGCUCUCUACAGGCAUUCUAAAAAUGCUUGGAUGACGUCAACAAUUUUUGAGGAGUGGUUUCAUGAGGAUUUUGUGCCUUCUGUCAGGAAACACCUGCGCCGUAAAAAGUUAGAGGCGAAGGCCAUUCUUCUCAUGGAUCACUGCCCUGCUCAUCCGGGUGUUGAGUCGUUGACGUCACUGGACC